GGUACUGGAUCGAACCUGGCCCGAGCCCCAGGCUGCCUCAAGAAGGAAAGCACAUGAGGCCUGCUGAGGGUAUGGCAAGUAGAACCCUGGCCUGUGUGAGGUGAGGCUUGGUUGCCAGGUGACUGUCCCAGAGCAGCCCUCUGCAGUGGGAAGGACUCUGUUUGCUGUGCUCACCCUUCAGCUGCAGUCACCCAAGUACAGCUCCUUCCCCUGCCACCAUGUCACGGCAGCUCAACAUGGACACAGUGCGGCAGAACUUCUGGAAGGAGGAGUAUCUGAGGGAGAAGAUGUUGCGCUGUGAAUGGCACCUCAAGUAUGGGUCAAUGGUGAAGGCCAAGCAGAAGGCUAAGGCUGCAGCCCGCCUGCCUCUCCAACUUCCCACCCUACAGCCCAAAGCCCCACUCGCACCACCCUCUGCCCCUAAAACAGCUCCUUCUGAGGCCCCUAGCCCUGUCCCAGAGGCUCCUUUGCAGUCAGAAAUGUACCCAGUACCGCCUGCCACCCGAGCCCUGCUGUAUGAAGGCAUCUCCCACGACUUCCAGGGGCGCUACCGCUACCUCAACACCCGGAAACUGGACAUGCCAGAGACACGCUAUCUCUUCCCUGUCACCACCAACUUUACAUAUGGCUGGCAACUGGGCCCCCCAGUGAAGCAAGAAAUGGUCUCCUGCAAGAUGUGCCGCAUUGAGUCAUUCUUCCGCAAGAAUGGGGCCUUCGCACUGCUUGACCCCCGGGACCUGGCCCUCUGACCUCUGGCUGGGCUGUGGGUUUGGGGGUAGAAAGAAGAAAUAAUAGAAUUUCCAGUAGGGCGAAGCUGCUGUGUGUCUAU